AUGAAUGAGGGCCUGGACAGUGAAGCCACAAGAAUGACGAGCGUGAGAGCAUGUCUGCCAUGCCGGAGAGUAAAAAUGAGAUGCUGUCCCGUGGUGGGAAGUGCCAAGUGCGAGCGCUGCCUUCGAAAGUCUAUGGAAUGCGUCUCAUAUGUUCAGAGGAAGCGUGGGAGGAAGCCGUUGAAGCUGACAGGGGCUGACUCCCCACACGGUCCUAGCCGGCGCAUUACACGGGAAGCGUCCACUAUUCCAUCUAAAGUAGAAUACAUGGGAACGUCUGGCUUGCCGGCGGCGACCUCUACAGAUCAGCGACAUCCUGGACACGACCAUCGUGAUAGUGUAAGCUCUAACGUUUGGGCCAAGAUUGACGGGCUUCAGCCAUCUUCCCUUCUCACCCGGGAAGCUACUAAGGAGAAAUAUUCCCUGCAAUCGAUUCUCAGUAUUAGUAGGGAUCUCGAUAUGGAUCAGGCCGAGUCUACUUCAUGUCUCCCUGAGGAUGAUCCUGUAGUCAAAGGCAUCGUGUCCUACCAUAUAGCUACGUCUCUCUUUGAAGGGCAAAGUUUCAACCCCUUCAUUUGUGUCCUUGAUCCUUCUUUGCAUACAUUUCAGUACAUUCGGGAGAGAUCUUCAUUCCUCCUCACUGUUAUGCUCUCUGUGUCGGCCAAGGCAUUUAAUCCUACCUUGCAUUUUGAUCUUCACAGAUAUUCAGAAAGAUUGUUCAAUGAUGCCAUCGCCCGAGGUACAAAAUCCCCCGAAGUCAUUCAAGCCAUACUGCUCAAAACGUAUUGGAAACAGUCAGACGAUACGCGGUCCUGGCCAAUCCUCGGAUACGCUAUCAGACUAUCUAUGGAAUUGGGCUGGCAUAAGUUAUCAUCGAAAGACGAGGACACCACGACCAUGUCGUCUCUUGAAAUUCGCAGGAGACGCAACGUUGAACGUACUUGGCUAGUGUUGUUCGUCUAUGAUAGGAGCAUGAGCCUACAAAACGGAAAUCCUUGGAUGAUUGAGAGGAGCGACUUUAUAGAAUCCGUCAACACAUGGUAUACAAGCCCGCUGGCAACUAUCAAUGAUACUAUUUUGGCCGCAUUUGUUUCUCUGCGUCUUGCUGCGGCAAAUAUCCUCGAGGUCUUCAACCCUCGGCGCCCUGCACCGUCCGUGACACACGCGUACCGAUUCAAUUCUCUCCUGAAAACCCUCACUCCUCAGGUAGAAGCCUGGAAGAAGCGUUGGGGCCAUAUAGCCUCGGAGAAAGAGCGAUGUCAUCCCUUUUUGGUGUCCUUCUUCGGCACACAUCUGCUCCUUCUUCUAUAUUCAUUCCCUCUCCAAUCUUCAAUAUCGUCACAGAGUGGUGCAUCCGUAGUCGACACGGAAGCAUUCUGGAUUACCUACACCAGCGCUAUGGAUAUGUUGAAACAAAUUUCCCAUCCAUCUCUAACGCCUCUUCUGAGUUUUGCUCACGAUUCAAUACACGCAAUGACUGCCUAUGCUGCUGUAUUCCUUAUAAAGUUAUUGCUAUCGGUAAAGAGUCUCACACGCAAGGAAUAUGAGAAAGCUACUAUAGAGGCCAUCGACAUGGCUGCGCGUGUCUUCGAACAGCAGUCAACACCGCCAACUUUCACAUGCUCCCUACAAGCAAGUUUCCUCAGAAACGUUGUGCAAGAGUACAAGAGGACGUGUAGACAGCACCUUUCGCGACAUGCAGACGAGCAAGAACACGACCCAUCUCUGUAUGAACAAAAUACGUCCUUCUCAGUAAUGCAAGGGAACUCCGGGAUCAACGAAGAUGAUUCUGCUCAGCGGCGAAUCCUGUCACCUUUGACGUUGGAACCAAGCGGAGUUCAGGAAUCUGGCCAAUAUCCCCAAGAGGGUGAUGCUUUAUCCGGAUACCAAAAUUUAGUAGCUAGUGCGCCUAUCGUCGGUACAGCAAAAGAUCAUGCCCCAAGAGAUGUGGGCAAUAUCGCAUUCGUUGCAGAUAGCACAGUUGCUCAAGACUUAUCACCUCAGGAUUGGGAAUUCACUAAUGAGGACUGGGUAUCUCUAUCGAUGAAUGCAGGUUUUGAUAUUACAGAUGGUAUAUUCAUUCCCAUCUGA